CGGAACUGUACCGCAGCCUCUGCGUGCCAGCGGAGAGUCGGUCGAGUGAGCGCGCCGAGGACAUCGCGCGGCAUGUGAGACGCCCCGAUAGCUGCAGAAGGGCGCGCGGGCGGCGGCGGGUCCGGUUGACCGCGCGCCAUGGGCGAGGAGUACGCGCGCUCCCCGUGCGAGCGCUUCCCGGCGGUGGGCGCGUUCAGCGUGGCGCCGCCGGAGCGGCUCAGCCCGCCGCCGCCCGCGCCGCUGCCGGACCGGUUCUCGGCGUCGCCGCGGCGGGUGCGCCGGAGUGCCGAGGCGGAGCGGGCGCGCAGGCCGCGCUACGUGCCGCCCGCGGCGCACGUGCCCGUGGAGCGGUACGUGCCGCGGCCGCCGGCCCCCGUGCGCCCGCCGCCGCCGGUCUACUGCGGGCUGGCCUGCAGGCCUCCGCCGCCAGCCCCUCGCAAGUGCUGCGGGCCUGCGUGUCGCGAGGACAUCGCCGGCUCGCCACCUCCGUCUCGCUACGUGGAGUACGUGGGAGCGGCGGCCGCCCGGAGACUCGCCUGCACUCCGCCGCCACCGCCGCCGCCAGCGCUGCAGCUGCCGUGCGAGCCUCAAGAGCCACCUUGUUGUGUGCAGGCUCGUCGGCGCCCGCAACCUCCACAUGAUUGGCGUUCGAGUGCGGGGCUGCUGGCUCCACAGCUCACGUGCCAGAGCUCGCCGGGACCAGCAGCGUCAGCACCAUCCAUCCCCCCACCGGCAUCACCCCCGAGAAUAGUAUCAGCACCGCCUCAACCUCAACCACCUCCCGAACCAAUACCACCACCAGCGCAAGAAGACGGUGUGAGAUUACGAAGGGCACAUACUGUUGCUGUUAGGGACUAUUUGAAAAGGGAGACGCAAACGUUCUUUGGAGUUCAGAGGGAUAAUGAGAGGGAACAAAGGAGGCUGUGGUACGAGAGGCGGAGAAGGCAUGCGGCUCGGGCGCUUGGUGACCUUAGGCCUGACCUACCGCCCGAUCACCAUCCUGACGAUGAUGAUAUUAGUAUGUACGGAGCAUCGGGUGCGGCACCGAGAGAGGCGCGGGGGCAAACGAGGGAGCGGCCCGACGUGCUACCCGCGCCGGCGCCGCUCGAGCCUCCCGCGCCCGCUCCUCCCCGCCCAGGGAAGGACAGUGUCGCACGGCUCACACUCACCGGACUUUCUUAUGUUGUCACUGCGGUGACAAGACGAUCGCGCCAGUCAACAUCGGUGCAGUUGUCGCGUUCGUUUCGCGCCGCGGCGAGCAGUCCGCACGACGACGCCGACGUCGACGACGUGUUUUUCGCGCCGAAGGCGUUGAAGUCUCCCCUCAACCAACACCACCAUGAUGACGGCGACACCGUUGAUGGAACCAAAGGAGCCCGGUCGCCGAUCGGGUCUUCCAGUGUGGAGUAUAGAAGACCAGAACGGAGCGUGUCCUGGGGAGCAGGGGGCAUCCGUAUCCAUACUCCCAUGCUCGAACCUUUAGCAGACAAUUCAAAUAGAAGGCAGUUUGGAAUGGGCGUUGUUGGAAGAUUUUUCAGGAGAUCCCUUCGCAAAUCAAUCACACACCAAGAAGAAGUAGCGCGUCAAUUAGACGAGCUCACAGACUACAGGCCGUACUUCACGUGGUGGGUCAGCACGGUCCAAACGCUGGUGCUUCUCUUGUCUCUGCUGUGCUAUGGCUUCGGACCGGUGGGCUUCGGAAGGCAUACGCACUCCGGACAGGUGCUGGUGAAGAGCCUUAGUUUACAGCAGGUUGAAUGGGAAGAACCAGCGUCAUUUUGGUUGGGACCCAGGGCGGCCGACCUCAUACAUUUAGGAGCUAAGUUUGCACCGUGCAUGCGGAAGGAUGCGAGGAUAGCGAGGGCGAUAGCUGCCUCAGCGAGAAGAGAGAGGGACACGGCGUGCUGCAUACGAAACGAUGACUCGGGAUGUGUGCAGUCUUCAAAGGCUGACUGUUCGAUUAGAGGAUUAGUAUCAAAGAACACAAUAUCAACGUGGAAAAAGUGGUCUUCAGGCGAAUCUGGUCCAGGUGGUCGAAUAUCUGGUUCUGUUUGUGGGUUGGAUCCUAAGUUUUGCGAAGCGCCGCGAUCAAUAGCACCUCACGAAUGGCCAGACGACAUAACAAAAUGGCCGAUUUGUCGCAAGUCAGUCAUAGACGGCUCUGCUGCGGCCGGCCGGGCGGGUCAUGCUGCAGAGCAUAUGGCAUGCGAAGUCAUCGGCCAUCCGUGUUGUAUAGGGGUCCAUGGGCAGUGCGUCAUCACUACGAGGGAGCACUGCGAUUUUGUUAAGGGUUAUUUUCACGAGGAAGCUUCGUUAUGUUCACAAGUGUCUUGCCUGGACGACGUCUGCGGAAUGUUACCGUUUAUGCGUCGCCGUCGUCCCGACCAGUUGUACCGAGCAUGGACUUCACUGUUCGUGCAUGCAGGCCUCCUGCAUCUAGCAGCCACACUGGCUCUUCAGUGGCUCUUCAUGAGAGAUCUGGAGAAGAUGGCAGGCCCCGUCAGAAUAGCCUCCAUAUAUCUUGGUAGCGGUGUCGCUGGUAACAUGGCUUCUUCUAUCUUCGAACCGUAUAGAGCUGAGGUUGGACCAGCAGGAUCUCACUUCGGGUUGCUCGCGUGUUUAAUAGUAGAAGUUAUUGGUGCGUGGCCGCUGUUGAGGCAUCCUCGGCGAGCCCUUUUAAAACUCAUAGGAAUUGCGAUAGCGCUCUUCUUGCUAGGCCUUUUGCCUUGGAUCGACAAUUUCGCCCAUGUGUUCGGAUUCGUCUUUGGGUUUCUGCUCGCGUACGCGUUGUUGCCGUUCAUAACUUUCGGGCCAUACGAGAGACGGAGGAAGAUUGUGCUGGUGUGGGUGUGUUUGGUGUCGGCCGCAGCGAUGUUGUGCGCACUGAUCGCGCUGUUCUACGCGGCACCGGCGUACGAGUGUACGGCGUGCGCCUACUUCACGUGUUUGCCGUUCGCGCCGGACAUGUGCGCGUCGCAGGACGUGCGGGUGCGGCAGCUGGACGGCGUAUGACGGCGCGCGGCCCGGGCGCCCCCGCCGCCGCCGCCCCCUCACCCCGCGCACCACGCGCGCCCUUCGCCAUUUCAGGCCUGCCGCCGCGCCGCUGAAGCAUAAAACGUUCACAAGUCACAACACUAAACGAGGGUCAGUUAGUUUUCUGAAAUGGCGCACUUUUCGAUGCAAAGGACGGCAGUACUGCCGUCGUAAUGGCAAAUGCAGUAUUUGCAAAAUUGUUUUUUCGGGGAAAUUAAGACGGCCAAAGAUUUUUCACUAAUUGAAACUAAUAAUUAAGUAACAGUCAUUUUACUUAUUUGUCAAUUGAUUUCACAGAGUUAAUAAUAACCGUCUUUGUGAUCAUGUGCUUGAAAUGUAUCUACUAACCAUAAAUUGGAUUCCGGUAUCUAUAUAGACCAUCAGACCAUCUUGUUAAGGGCCUCUCGCUCUUCUGAUCUCAGUAUAGCUCAUAAUAACAUCUUUAACUAUCUAAACACUGUACCCAAGUCAAUGGUGUCAUAAGUAGUUUUCUUUGCCAUCACGAUGGCACUGGCAUACAUUCAAUAAGUUAGAGCAAGGGUUCGUUUCCUCCGAAAUGGAGCUGAGCGGAGACGUGUUCAAUAAAUGAGUCAGUUUAUUGUUAUUUUCUCAAUAAUUUGAUUCGCUAAAACACGAGUCCGCUUAACUUCGUUCCACUUAAGUGGAAAUGAAGCUGUAAAAAAAUAUAUGUUGUAAAGUGCAAUAUUAAAAUGCAGCCAAAACGCGAGUACUGCAUGUGUUACUAGUGGAUAAGAUGAAUACUGCAUGCCAACUAACUUUGUAUUAAAAGCGUAAGUAAGCAUUGCAUUUUAUACUUGUGCAUAAUCAUUACUGCAUCUGUACUAAGAAUUAUUAUCAGUCAAUUUCACAUGAAUGCUGCAUUUUUGCUUAGAGCGCAGUAUACCAGUCUUUCCUGCGAUCAUUUUCGAUAUAAAUCAUUAAAAUGACGAUUACUGCAUUUGCUAUUACGACGGUUGAACCCUCGCUGUACACACUGAUGUUGUCGUAGUUCUUUGCGUCAGAAAUCGCGCGGCUUGCCUAUGACUAGAACCUGCGUUUGGUGUGCCGAAGCCUUACACCGUAUUUGAUCAGUUUCGUCUCCAAAUCGGCGUGCACGGAGCCCUCGUCUUUAUAUAAUUUUAAGUACAAAAAACUUCGUCUGUUAACUUUGAAAUUGACAAUUUAAAAUUGUAAUUGUGUGUCAAAAUUAGUUGAUUUAAUGUGUGGUGGGAAAUGAAAAGCGUAUUUUAAAGCGAGGGCAAAACUGAUUGGUUAUCAGGCAUGAUUCUUUCACUGCCAUUGCCGUUGUCUUGUGACCUCACAGUAUUAUAGCGCUCAGUUCGUGAUUGAUGCUCAAAUAAUCCUGCCCGGCUAGCAUGGGCAGU